AUUAUUUUCUUAAAGCAAGAAGGAGGAACUAAUACAGCACGGACUUCGCAAGAAAAGUAAGGCUGUUUGCCAUCGUCUAAUCAAAUCCUCUCUCUCUCUCUCUGUUGUUUGCUAUCGUCUCUCAUGUUUUGAUGAAUGAUCCUGCUGCUUUCCUCUAUGGGACGCCUUCUUCGCUUCCUUAUCAUUCUCAUCUUCCUUGCACUGUCUUUCCUGUCGGAGGUGCAACCGGCAUCUUUCAAGAUUGUGAAUAAGUGUCGCCACACGAUUUGGCCGGGUCUGCUCUCUGGCGCCACUUCUCCACAGCUUUCCACCACUGGAUUCGCUCUUCCAAGUGGCAAGUCAGAGACUAUAAACAUCCCCAAAUCUUGGUCGGGUAGGAUAUGGGCUCGGACCCUUUGUGGUCGAGAUUCUGACGGAAAGUUCUCCUGCCUCACUGCAGACUGCGGCUCCGGUCAAGUACAGUGUGCCGGUGGAGCUAAGCCGCCCGCCACGCUGGCUGAGUUCACUCUCAACGGCGCCGACGGGUUAGAUUUCUACGACGUGAGCUUGGUCGACGGCUACAACCUGCCGAUGCUGAUCGUCGCGAAAGGAGGAAAACGGGGUGGAUGUAGCGCCACUGGAUGUUUGGUUGACCUGAACGGAGCGUGCCCGGCUGAUCUUAAGGUGGCGAGUGGGAAUGGGACAGGGAAAAGCGUGGCUUGCAGAAGCGCGUGUGAGGCUUUUGGGGAUCCGCAGUAUUGCUGCAGUGAGGCGUACGCUACGCCCGACACGUGUCAUCCAUCAGUGUAUUCGGAAUUCUUCAAGCACGCUUGUCCCCGCGCGUAUAGCUACGCUUACGAUGACAAGACAAGCACGUACACGUGUGCUUCGGCCGACUACUUGAUCAUAUUCUGCCCCUUGCCCUACACCAGCCAAAAGGUGCUGGGAGCACGAAAAGAUGGGGCAACACUUCCUCUUGUAAACAAGACCAUGAUGUACUUGAAGCACUCAGGAGUUUCUUCAUCAACAGGUCUGAAUCAAAUGCAGAUUAUGGCUUACAUUGCCUCUCUUGCAGCUGCAUCUUUCCUGUUUUGCUCUCUUUUUCAUCCGUUAUGACUCAUAUUUGCAUGCACGCUUGAAGCAGAUAAGUUAGGUAAAACGAAAGUGCCUGAGUUGCAUCUUUGACUGAAUCUGUGUGAGCUCUUCAUUUUGUUAAGUGCCUUUCCCUGCUUCCAAAUUUUGCAUUACUGUCUCAAAUGAUUUUAGUCUGCUGACUCUUCACAUCAUGCAGGACUGCAAGAAUACUAUAUGGGGGUAUACUGUAAAUACAUUUUUUCCCCUUUGGUAUAAUGUACAUCAAGAUUUUAGUAGCUUAUCUCGGUUGAUUAUUGAAUUUUGAGUUUACCAUAAGAGGCAUUGGCAAGUUGUAAAGUAUUGUUUGGAAAUUUCUGUGCCUGCAAUCAGAUUUUGGGAAGACGAAGUUACAGUAUUGUUGAUAUAGCAUCCGCAGAAAUGCCCAAGUAAUUACUAGUAUCAUGUC